UCCUACCAGCACCGUGCCGCUACACCCGACAAUUGAAACCUCCGGUGUCAAUUUUAUAAUUUUAUCAGACAGCUCCCCCUUUUUUUUUCUUGCCUUCUUUCUUCUGAUUCUUCUGUUUUUGAUCGAUCGAGUAUCCAUGUCUGUUGUAGAUAGUGAAGAUCGUCAAAAGAGACUAUCAGAGCUUUUAGAAUAUGUACAAAAGAAAAAACAGGAAAAUCUAGCAGCAUCAGCAGCAACUUCUACCACUCCAUCUCCCACAUCAUCACCGGUUACUCCAGCUGCAAAAAAGCAAAAGAUCUCUUCAACAAGCUCAACAAGCAGGCCCCAGAAAUCAGUACCUAAAGCCGCUUUACCCGAUUUCUGCUUCAAUUCAGAUACGUCAUGUCAGACAUUAGAAUUGCCACUGAGACCUGAGGUUGAAGUGCGCCCGUAUCAGCGAGAAGCUGUGGACGCCAUCAUCGAUGCUACCGAUCCCGAUUCUGCUAAUCAUGUUGCCAAAUCGGGCAUCAUUGUCCUUCCUUGUGGUGCAGGUAAAACCUUGACCUCAAUUCUUGUAGCCAGCGCUAUCCAAAAGCCUGUCCUUGUUGUUUGUUCAACUAUUAUUGCUGCGGAGCAAUUCUGUAAAGAAUUUCUUAAGUUUACGACUUUGAUGGCUUCCAAAACUGGUAUGUUUGCCGGAUCUAAGAAAUGGCCGUAUAACGGUCCCGCUGGUGUUCUUUUCACCACUUAUACCAUGUUGGUCGAUAAUAAAUCAAGAACUGCGGAUUCUAGACGUAUGAAUCAAUUCAUUGACAAAACAGAAUGGGGCUUAAUUAUUCUUGAUGAGGUACACUGUGUGCCAGCCAAUAAUUUUUCCAGAGCAAUUACAAAGAUCAAAGCCAAGGUUAGGUUGGGCUUGACGGCCACUAUGUUGCGUGAAGAUGAAAGAAUCGGAGAUUUAGAGACACUUGUAGGGCCCACUCUAUACCAUGCUAAAUGGAAGGAGUUGGCUGACAAAGGUUAUAUUGCCAAAGUGAUUUGUACACAAGUGGAAACAGAUAUGACACCUUUGAUUAAGGAAGCCCAUGAUAAUGUGCGAAUCAACGGUGGAGGUUUAUUAAAUCAGGGUCAUCACCUCAAGAGUUUACUAGCCAUUCUGAACCCUAAAAAAAUGCAAAUUUGCCAACGCUUAAUUCAAUACCACGAAGCCAAAGGUGAUAAGGUGUUAGUCUAUUGUGACCAUAUUGAUGCUCUUAAGAUAUAUGCUGAAAAAUCCAACCGCCCUAUGAUUUACGGUGGUACACCUACUGAGGAUGCACGACAAUUGUUGGCUCGUUUCCAAAUUGAUGUUCCUCAUUUAACCUACGAACAAGAGAAUGAAUUGACAUGGAACGAAACUGCUGCUCGCCGUUCUCUUAAAGCGAAACAAAUCAGCACACUGUUCUUGUCUCGAAUUGGCGAUACCUCUCUAGAUUUACCUGCAGCUACUGUUUUAAUUCAAGUAUCUUCCCAUUUCGGUUCACGACGCCAAGAAGCGCAACGUCUAGGCCGUAUUCUUCGUGCAAAGAAGAGAUCAGAAAAAGGUUUCUAUUCAAGAUUCUAUACUUUAGUUACGAGCGAUACCAAUGAAGUGACUUUCUCUGAAAAACGAAGACAAUUUUUGGAAGAGGAUUGUGGUUAUGGAUACCAAAUCUGGAGAGUUGGCGAAGAAGAAGAAGGAGGCUGGAAAGUGGAUGCGGAAAGAGAUGAUAGCAUGCCGGCAGAUGACGAAGUAAAGAUAGAUCCGCUAACCUGCACUAUUCAAGGAGCAGGCGACAGACCUUUUGCAACAGACGAAGAACAGACAAAAUUAAUUGCAUUCUUAAAUAACCUAAAAAAUUUCCAGGUUGAAAAAGAUGAAGAAGAAGAUUUAUUAGCUACUAAUAUUGCAGCAGCCAACAAUGCUUCAGCGAAGAGAAAACGUUAGAUAACUCUUCACAUUUCAUAUUAUAGUAAAAUUCAAUCUAGAAGAAAAGGGUUGCUCAAUACAUAUGUAUAUAUAUAUAUUAUACAAACGCACAUCAGGAAUUGUACAAAUGUUAUCCCGGUCAUUUUGUAACUACCUAUCUCAAAUAAUUAAUUUAUGAAUUCUAUGAAGAAAAUAAAU